AUGAAGGUAUUGUUCCGUCUCAUUCCCACAGUUCCAUUGAUGAGCGAUUGGUCCAAACUCGGCCCGUGUCUUGACUUUUUUUUGGGCUGCGACUUCAACGGUCUGUUGGAGCGGCUGCUGGAUGCAGCUCAAUGGGCGCAGCAGGUAAGCCAGUGUGAGCCUGCUCCUGAUCGGGAUCCUGCCCUGGAUGACAAAGUGAACUGGCACGCUUUAGCAGGCCGACGCUUCGCCCGGUUCAAGCAAAUGAUGUCAUCGGCGCAGGAACGAUUUGAACGUGUUCUCCUUGCUAUCACCACUGAACCACUGCGGCAUAUACACGAUACGUACCUCAAAUUCGCACACACCGCCUGUGAUUCACAAGCAUGGCCGAAACUUCUCUCGGAGCUUUGGCCACGGACAUCGAAGAACCAUGCCGUGAUGCAGUAUUAUGCCACAUGCCUGCAAGGCAAAGCUUCUCGACUUCGACUGUUGGUGAACCUUUCCGGGGACAGUGACCUGCAAGCCUGGAUUCGCGACAAUCAGCAGGAGGCCCUUUCUGCGCGCUCCAAGAUUCUCAUGAACGCAACGGAACUACAGCAACGCUUUGCGGGCAAUCUGGACCGGCAGCCAUGGCAGUUGUUUGCCCUGGCUGACUGCAGGCGCAUCGAAGAUCAUCCCGAGAUUUGCAAGCGUUUCUUUGCUACACCCUCUUGUUGCCUUCCUGCCGGCUUCGCGAGGGAACUGAGAGAAAUGCUUUCGGAACAAGAUUUUCUGGGCGACCUGUUGUCGUGGAGGUGGAUGUUCCUUCUGUCCUCCCUCAUCAUAAAGCUGUCGACACCGGGUUUGAUCGCAGCCGUGGAGCAACGACAUGCCCGCCACAAGCGGCCCGACAUCAGGCCAGUGCAACUGAACGCUUGGAAGACGAACGCAAACGACGGGCUUGUCACAGCACGGAAGCGCGCCAGGAGUCUUUCGGAUGCCACGCAGGGCCGCACUUCACGUCCCAAAGCCUGGAGUGUGUUUGAGCUCUUUCGUUUCGAUUGGAUAAAGGGCCAGCGAGCCUCGGGCAAACCUUUCAAUCCGGCAAGCAAAGAAUCAUGGGAUGCCUGCAAGGCAGCUUUCGAAGCUUUGUCGCCGGCACGACUUGAUGAGCUCAAGAAUCGGAAGUGGGCUUCUGAAUUGACCGCAGCCCGCCAGCGUCUUCAGCAAAAGACAUCGCAGGCACCAUCCGACUUGCAGAUUGUUGCUGCCCAGGCCCCGCCCCAGGAAGAUCAGUCUCGUGAAGAUGGGUGGAAAGCGAUGAUGAAACGUCUUGGGCAGGCCGACGGCGCACCGGAUACUACCCAACCACCGUUUCCAAAGCAUGUGACUUGCCAAAGCUUCAAAGCACCGCUGGUGGACCAAGCUUCAGGUCGGGCAAUCAACAGCCCGUCCCAAGUUGCGCAGAUGGAGUCUUUGCCUUUGCGACCCGAAGACCUGCGGGAGCGGUGGUUCAGCCGAAAAGUGAUUCUGUCGCACGAGAUCAGCGGCUUUUGUAAGCGAGCCACCCGCUUCGUGUCAGAAGCUGAGAUGCCUGACAGGGUUGAGUACCCCGCUUGUUGUGGAGAGCUGUGCCGGAAUCAGAACACGAGACGAUCUGUCUUGUUUCAUGAUCGACUGGUGGAGUUGCUGAAGACAGCUGUGCAGAGCGGGUGUGCAAGAACCAAAGGAUGGGCAAAGCAUGUUCCAGCAGCCAACAUAUGUCUUGCUGCAGAGUGCUAUGUCGACAGGGACCCGGCCGGGCCAAAUCUUCCGGCGCACCCGCUGAGAUGGCUGUCGGAAGAUGCCUUGGCUGCUCGGUUGUGUUUCGUCGACGAUAAACCUGUGGGGCAUGUUCGUCUGACUCUGCUGAAGUGGACCCUCGACGAUGCGGCUCCACGCCUUGACCGGCAUCGGAUCGUUGAGCUGGGAGCAGCCUUUGAUGCACAAAGUGAAAAUGAGCCUGCGCAGCAGUGCCGUCGAGCGCCCAGAGAUCGUUCGGACGACUUCGAUUUGCUCGAUGACAUUCGAGCGCCCGUGAGGAGAAGGCGGAGACCAUUCGUUGCCAUCGAAGAUCGGCCCCAGACUGCCGGCUCUGAUGCGGAGUCGGAACCGGUUCGAGAUGCAGAUGCCGAGCCUGUUUUGCAGGGGCUGGAAAACAUUGGAGACGAAGAUGCCUUGCAUGAAGGCGGUGUUGCAGAGGUCGUGCCAGAUGAGGCCGGUGCCGAAGCCGGGGAUGGUCUCCGACCAGGGGAUGCAGUUGUUGGUGUUUCGGAAGGACCAGUGCCAGUGCCAUCCGAGCCCUCUGCUACGGAAGUCGCAGGUGCACGUGCCUGUGAGAUACAGGAUGUUGGCUGCUGGAAUUUCAGGCGAAAGUCCGACAAUGCUGAAGUGGGAAGAUUGCACCAGAUUGGUGUCGACACUUUGAAGGCGACCUGCAAGUUGCACCGGAGUUGUGUUUGCAUGAUUUCUUAUCCGCCGGCGGGAUCAGAGAGGCUACGUGCUGUUUCUGUGCGGUUGCAGCGUGCACCGACGUUGCAUGAUAUCGAAGUGGACCUGGUGAAGUGGUUUGAUGCUGGCUUGACGGCCACUGCGGCCCAACACCAAGAAGCAAGCCUUAACUUAAGGUCCGGAAACUGGGCAGUUCGAGUUCGAAGGCCGAAAGCGGCGGCAUGA